UAAAUUUAUAUCAUCGAAGGUUUUAGUGGGCGACUUAUGCUGCCUCAGUUGAUGCUCUCUUCCGCCGAAAGAAACACUGCGCAGACCUGCCGCCGCUUGUCCUUCAGCUUCGCCAGGCCAUCGCCGCCGCUCUCCAACUUUAGAACUCCUCUGGAACCCUCCUCCCGCCGUCUGCUGCUCUCCUGUAACGCUCAAAUCACCCGCAGCGGCCGCCAUGGUGAUCUCCUCGCCGCCCAGUCGACUUUCGACCGCAUGCCCUUCCGCGACGUCGUCUCCUGGACAGCGCUCCUCACCGCCUACGCCGAUAACGGCCAGAUCUCCGCCGCGCGGAGAGUGUUCGACGAAAUGCCCACCAGAAACACCGCCUCCUGGAACGCGAUGAUGACUGCCUAUGCGCGCUCCUCCAGACUUGCCGAGGCUUCCGAGUUGUUCGCUCGGAUGCCAGGCCGGAACGCGGUCUCCUACGGUGCCAUGAUCUCCGGAUUCGCCAAGAACGGGAUGAUGAAGGAGGCCGAGGAAGUCUACCAGGCGAUGCCGCGGAGGUGGCGCGACCCGGUAGCUACGCACGCUUUGAUCUGCGGGUACUUGCGGGCAGGGAAGCUCGAUUUGGCUACUCGAGUGUUCGAGGCGAUGGAGGUGAGGGAUGUGUUUUCUUGGAGCUCGAUGGUCGAUGGGUAUUGUAAAUGUGGGAGGGUCUGCGACGCCAGAGAGCUAUUCGACGCAAUGCCUGAGAAGAAUGUAGUUUCUUGGACUGCUAUGAUUCAAGGGUGCGUAAGAAGUGGAAUGUGGGAAGAUGGUUUUAGACUAUUUCUGCAGAUGCGAAGAGAGUGCGUGAGCUUCAAUUCCAUGACACUAUCUGUCAUGGUUGAUGCUUGCUCUGCACUGGACAGGAUAAGAGAAGGGAUUCAAUGUCAUGCUCUCAUCUUGGCUCUGGGACUCCAAAAUGAUGUCUUCCUGGGCAAUUCAAUUAUUGUCAUGUAUGCAAGAGCACGUUGGAUGGAUGAUGCCAGAAGAUCAUUCAAUUGUAUGAGCAUAAAAGAUUUGGUAUCAUGGAAUUCAUUGAUUGCUGGAUACAUCCAGGAUGAUGCAUUGGAAGCAGCAAAUGAAUUGUUUGAGGCAAUGCCUGAAAAGGAUAUUAUUUCUUGGACUUCAAUGGUAGUGGGAUUUUCCAAGAGAGGGGGGAUUUCUGAGUCUGUUCGUCUGUUUCAAGAGAUGCCUGAAAAAGAUGAAAUUGCUUGGACUGCUAUCGUCUCAGCAUUUGUGGCAAAUGGGAAACAUGAAAAUGCAAUACUAUGGUUCAAUUGCAUGGUUGAUGAAGGGUUUAAGCCCAGUGCUCAAGCAUUGAGCAGUGUGCUUAGUGCCUCAGCUAACCUGGUAAUUCUUGAAGUGGGAAUGCACAUUCAUGCAUGCACAAUCAAAACAAAUCUAGAGUCAGAUGUGGCUGUUCAAAGUUCCUUGGUCUCAAUGUAUGCAAAAUGUGGGAGUGUGACUGAUGCCUAUCACAUUUUCUUGUCAAUUGGUGAGCCAAACCUAGUAACUAUAAAUGCCAUGGUGACAGCAUUUUCUCAACAUGGUUUAGUUAAAGAAGCACUUGCAUUGUUCGAAGACAUGCAGAGAUAUGGCUGCAAACCUAAUCAGGUUACCUUCUUGGGGAUUCUUUCAGCUUGUGCUCAUGCAGGUUUGGUUGGUGAAGGUUACAAGCACUUCAAAUCCAUGACAACUUUAUAUUGUGUAGAACCAGGACUUGAUCAUUAUACUUGCAUGGUUGAUCUAUUAGGACGCUCAGGGUUACUCAGAGAAGCAGUUGACUUGAUCAACUCAAUGCCUUUGUCUCCUCACUCUGCAAUUUGGGGAGCAUUGCUUAAUGCCAGUAGUAUUCACUCUCAUCUGGAAUUUGCAGAGCUAGCAGCCCAGCGACUUUUGGAAUUAGAACCAAACAAUUCAGCAGCUUAUUCAGUUCUGUCAAAUAUGUAUGGUUUGGCAGUGCACAAGAAGUCUGAAGAAAGAAUGAGGAUGACACAGAUGUCCAAUGGUGUGCGGAAGACUCCAGGAUAUAGCUGGGUUAUUUUUGACAAUGCUUUAAGACAGCUAAACAUGUAGCAAGUACCAGAUGCAAAUCAUACAUGAUUCACAAUUGUGAGAAUGUCUCAUCUUUUCUGUGGAAGGGCAUUUUUUCCCCCUUGAAAAAUGUCUUCGGUUUCCAAUUACCUUGAAUUACUCAGCAUUCUGGUAGGAAAUACUAGACACAAAGUGGCAAAUUUGUUAAGCUAAAGAAGAAUCAACUAGUCAUAUGAUUGGUAAAUUAUUAUCCUCGCCAGAUAUGGUGUUUAUAGGAAUUCCCAAAAAUCUGCAAGAUGAUAAACAGGAUUACUUCACUCUGAAUAUGUUUUACUUUAAAAUGUCAUUUGGGUGGACUGCCAGAAAUAAGUGAUGAUGCUCUAUCUUAUGUAUUGAUGCGGUGAAGGUGUUUCUCUCUUCCUUUGAUAUUGUGCUGUUGCCUGGUGUGAAGUUGCUCUCUUCUGUUGAUAAUGCUGGAAUUGAGAUGUCAAGGACAGCAUAAUACAACUGAAAUUAUUUAGCCACUUACGUAGGAAACUGCUCACGUACAGUGGCAAGGACAAUAAUCCUCCGCCGCAUGUUGCCAUAUCAUGAAAUUUGCUUGCAUGUUAUUAUCAACAUUGCCAUAUUAAUUUCAUGCUGGGAAAAAGACUACCUUCAUUGACGAUUGCUGAUGAUAAACCUGACAGUUUUAUGUGGACAGAUGAGAUGCAUCAUAAGUUGCCUUCAGUUAGUUCAACUUUUAUAACUUUUCUUCACCCAUCCAAAAGCACUGUGAAGAGUCGUUGCAAUGUUCCGUAGACAGUCUAUGGUUUCAUUGGCAAUUUGAAACGUCCAAAUUAAGAACACAUCAACCCAUCAACCUGUCUCAUCAAUGCAGCUAUAGCGGGUCCUGAAAUGCAAGAUGUCUCCAAUUCUGAAGGAAAGCAACAAACCUGUCAAUGCACGUCAAAUUAAGGCCAUCCAAGUCAAGCACAGCAAGCUAACAUGUGAAUCCAGUAAUCGAAAGUUCAUAGAACAUGGCUGGACUGCGAUAUGCUUCCUUCUUCUCUGGGGUGGCCGCGAACUCUCCACCACCGAAGGUUCCAUUCUCAGCAGUUGCACCAUGGCAACGUGUAAGUAGCGUUCAGAAGAGAUUGGCUCGUUCAACAACACUAGAUACCAUUGUUGAGGAAGAGAGUUUGGAUUUUAAAAAGAUCACCUCCCAGUUAGCUGCCGCAUCGACCCCAUCUACAUCAGGGGCCAAUGGCAAUGCGGCUACAUUGUUGCUUUUCUCUUCUCCCGUUAUGAUGUUGCUUGUAGUUUUAGCAUGGGUCUCAAGGAACUAAAUGUAAUUUGUGGUGUCCCUGCGGUGAGUGGUUUCAGAUGAACUCUAUGUUUUAGUUGCUUGGAUUAAGAAUAUUGAUGGCAUCCUAACUUAUAACAUUUGGCAAAUUAUAAAAAUCGCUUUGUCGUGAGUUUA